AUGUUUAACUUCCUGUUCACCGCUCUCUUAAUCUUGAGCUUAGCAAUUCCGGCCUGGUCAACUGAUGAACUGGUUGUUUAUCCUUCUGAAUUAGAAAUCGCCCUUUCUCAAACUGCUAACAUCACCUUCGAAUCCAAAAUCCAUUUGGAAGCCGAUGUUUAUCUGUCUUUCAAUCAGACUUACGGCUUGGAACUGCAACCCGUCGUAAUCAACAAGACCUCCGGCAAAGGUGUACUAACUAUACGCGGAAAGGAAUUAACUUCAAGAUCUUUCAUCGAAGUUGAUCACUGUCAAUUCUUGGGAAAUCAAACUGGAUGUCCUUUCGAUGUCUCGAACAUUUACGUUCAAGUGGCAGUUUACAAAUCACAUGUGAUCGAUUGGCUUGUGCAUAUCGUAGGAUGGCUUUACUUUUUUGCAUGGAGUAUCUCUUUUUAUCCUCAAAUCUUUUUGAACUUCAAGAGGAAGAGCGUUAUCGGAUUGAAUUUUGAUUUUUUGUUUUUAAAUCUGAUAGGCUUUAUCGCAUACUCCUGCUAUAACUUACUCAUCUACUUUGAUCCCGUUGUACAGAGUGAAUAUGAGGCUGCCCAUCCUAGAAGUCCUAUUCCAGUUCUCUUGAAUGAUGUUGUCUUCGCUGUUCACGCUGCUUUUGCCUGUCUCGUUACUGUUGUCCAAUGUUUCCUGUAUGAGAGAGCAAAUCAACGAGUGUCUAGGACUGCCUCAAUCAUUGGUGUUCUUCUGAUUAUCAUCGGAAUAAUCAUGGGAUCACUUUCCACCUUCAAGAUUGUUUCUAUCUUAGUGUUUGUGAAUUCCUUAUCAUACUUAAAGAUGUCAGUAACUCUCAUGAAGUACUUCCCUCAGGCUAUUUUUAAUUUCCAAAGAAAAAGUACUGUUGGAUGGUCUAUUGGUAACGUUCUCCUGGAUUUCACAGGAGGAUCACUAGACAUCUUCCAGAUGUGCCUUCAGGGUUUUAAUGUGAAUGACUGGUCAGCCUUCUAUGGAAACCCGGUAAAAUUUGGUCUCGGUCUCGUAUCAAUCAUUUUCGAUGUUGUGUUCAUCAUUCAACACUACAUCUUGUACAGAAGCUCUGAAAUUACCCAUGAUGAUUAUGCUGGCAUUGAGAGUAGUCAACCUCAUCCCGACUAUUCACCCAAUGAAGAUGAUCAUACUGCGAUAGUUACAGAAAAUUAA